AUGUCAUUUAACUCUAUUCCAACAGAUUUGGGCUCACAGCAGCCACCCCUCAGAGGAACCUGGGGAGACAAGCAAGAAGACAAAUUGGGCAGAGGUCCACUUGGUAGACAGUGUGAGGCCUUGCUUUACACCUCAUUCCCUGACCCUGGGCUCCACUCAGGGCCUGUCUGUGUCAUCUCUAACCAGAACUUUGUGAUUUAUACUUCAGCUCACAAAUUAGAAACGACACCCUGCCUGAGGGGAGGAAGGUGUGGCUGUGCAGGACAUUUUAUAGUGAAUGCCUUGCAGGAACAUAUCGUGGUUUCACUUCAUGGAGAAGCUAAACUCAGUUGCCAGCUGUACCCACCACAGAGUGCAGAGCACAUGGAGAUACGCUGGUUCCGGAAUCGCUACACACAACCUGUUCACUUGUACAAAGAUGGUAAAGAUAUAUAUGGAGAAACAGAUCCGAAGUAUGUGGAGCGAACAGAGCUCCUGAAAGAAGCCAUUGGAGAGGGUAAAGUGACCCUCAGGAUUCUUGGUGUACGUGUUGAUGAUGAUGGACAAUACCAUUGCUUAUUCCAAGAUGGUGAGUUCUAUGAUGACGCCAUCACAGAACUGAGGGUCACAGCAACAAAUAUAGAGACACAGAUGCUUGUACACCCAUCUAGUAUCAAAGGUAUUUUAUUGGAGUGUAAUUCAGAAGGUUGGUACCCACAACCUCACAUGGAAUGGAGAGAUGACAGAGGAAAGAUCAUUCCACCUACAUCAGAAUCACAUUCACAGGGUACAGAUAAAUUGUUCAACAUGAAGAUGACCCUUAUUCUUAGAUCACAUAGAAAUGUCAGUUGCUGCCUUCGUAACCCUGUGACUGGUCAAGAGGAAAUCACACACAUUUUCCUUCCAGAUGUACUGUUUUCAUGGAAGUAUUUUUGGUUGUUGAUGCUGGGUUUAAUUCUGGCUCUUCUACCGGUCUUCAUAAAAACAUCUCUGAUUGAGGCAUUUCAUAUGUGUAAAGAUAGGUACACUGUAGAGUCCAAACCUGUGUCUCUAUGUCUGAAGCCCUAUGAAGCCACACACCAGCAAGCCUGGAGACCCCAUCCUUCUGGAAAGAAGAAAGAAGAAAGAAAGGAAGAAAGAAAACAAGACAAAAAGGAAAAAGAAAGCCCUGAUUCAAAUCCACAUUCCCAAUUAGAUGCUAUGUGGCUGGAAGAUUUAACUGUGGCCCUGUGUAUUCUGCUGGUCUUCAUUAACAUGAUCAUUUCCUUCGUUUACUUUAAAUUUAAAGAAUUCCUGAACAUUUAA